AUGAAUAUUCUACCUUGGAGAAAGAAGAAUGCCUCCUCCGUUGCUGUGAACGAGCACCCCAGAGACGCCUUAUUCAAAGACGACGACCAUCUCGUUCAAAAAUUGGGCGCGAACUUGGAGGAGAACCCACGGAUUUUAGAAGUCAAGUUUGGCGAAAGCUUUGGAAUUCGCGGCCGUUUAUUGCGUACUCUAGCAGAACAAGAUCUACUUGGUAUAGGUCCCCCGGAUAUGGCUCACGUGACUCAAUUCGACAGAUUCCAUCAGACUGAAACUGGAGAGUACCACUACUUGACAGGGCUCGAUACUUCCUCAGAGGCUACGCCUAUUGCAUACUUGAAUACCCUGAAGUUAGCUGGGGGCUCUUCAAAGAAUAAAAAUCGCGUGAGUACUUACUGCUGUACGAACGUCUUUAGUAAUGUUGACAUUAGAAUUCGUUAUGAAUCGCCGAAGCAUUAUCAAAUUAAUGUCAUAGACUGCAUUUCAGGCUCUAGCAACAUCCAGCUGACACCUGCUUUAUGGGAGGAAGCGUUCGUUAGCGGCUUUGUUCGCUCCAUCAUCACUAACAUGGAUCGGGAACGUAAAUUACCAGGUCUCGUUGAGUUACCAUUCGCAUUGGAAAACGGCUUGGCUUACUGCAAAAAGUGCAUCAGCCUUGUAUGCCGCUACCUGCCACGCGGUCCUGAACUUGGCUGCGACAUGACAAAACACAGUUUUCCGUCUUACAAAAAUAACUACAUCCUUGAUUCACUACUGUCGUUACUUCAAGUUGCCAACAAAUUAAACGGAUUCGUGGUUGGAACUUUAGAAGACCUCUGUAUGCAGGAUCCUGAAAAUUCUGUUUGCUACAAAACAGCUAUGGCUGCCGUCUUAAUAAAGAGUGAAGCCAAGGACAUAGUAGCCAUCCAAACAAUAAACAGCUCUAUGCAGAACCUGUUUCCUAAUGGUUUAAAAGAUCUGGAACAAAGCCAACUCAUACACGCGGCUGAUCUCUUAAACCUACAGAUAGAUUUCUUAAUGGUAAGAGGAGACUUUGCUCUGGCGCUUCCGCUAGCUCAAAAGGUCACAUCCAUUUGCUCCGAUGGUUUUGAGGCAUGGAACAAGCUUGCCAGAUGCUAUGUUGAAUUAGGCAAUCAUGAGCAAGCAUUGUUCGCUAUCAAUUCAUUGCCUGCGCUUCCGUCCUCUGAUCCCUGCAAAGAUGCCAUGUUACAGGAGGCUGCAAAAGAACAUUUUUACAACAGGCCUUUAUGCUCCACUCCACGGUCACGCCUACAAUCUAAUGAAUAUCACUUCAUUUCCAGCACCCUUGGAUCGGUCAAGGAUCAUGACCUGACUUCUAUGAUAUAUGGAAGAAUCGUCAUGCCACCCCAAGCAAAGAGAGGCUGUAUCAAAGAGAUUUGGGAAGGGCCAUGCGUCGAGCUAGGUCCAAUUUAUGGCCCUCAAAGCAAAAAUCUAAUCAAUUUCGUUUCACCGCAGGAAGUGGCUUCUCUGGGCGACAAGAAUUUGCUGGCACGAAACUCGAUGGCCAGCCAACUCAGCUGGUCCAUGACGUGUGCUUACGACCUGCUUGUGCAUAUCAUUUCGAAAAUAGGCUGGAAUUCGCUGCUUGAGCUGCGUUCUAGUAUUUUUGUAAUGGAAAGAGAAAGAGGACUUGGAGAUGCUGGGGUUCUGCGGCCCGAAUUUAAAGCAAAACGGCUCUGCGAAAAAUGGCUGGAUCAGCUGUUUCUUAACCUUUACGAAGACCUAAAGAUUACUUUCAACAGUCAAGAGCAUCGCGAGGAACUUUAUAGCGGUCUAGAGUGGGAGCUCUUGGGGCUCACGCACCUGCGCACUUGGCUGUGGGCAGAUGCUGUUGCCUGUUUGCGUACCAGCAUCAUGGCACGCUUUGAUCCUGUUAGUGCAGAGAAGUUACUAGAUCUAUACCUUACUCGUCGGUACCCCUCCUCUGACGUACUGGAUCAAGAUGUGCUCCUAGCUCUUGUUGUGGAUAAGAUCUCUUACGAGAGUAGAUUCUACAACUUCCUCAACCUAGCCGAUCUUCGGGUUUUGAUCGACCUGUCUGCAUCUUCCGGUGUCGAUACCGUAAGAAAUCAUAUUUACACUCUUCCGUCCGCUCAAACUGGCAUUGUUGCUCUUACGGACAAGCUUCUGAACUACGUACAAGAGCUGAAUGACGACUAA